AUGAUCAAAUCUCUUCUUUUAGUCUCCAUUCUCGGCAGCUGUGCCCUUGGCGCGCCGUCUCACAGCACCAGUAACAACCCAGUUGUUGACUUGGGAUAUGCAAAAUAUCGAGGCGUUCGCAAUGCUACAUAUGGCCUCGAUUAUUACUUUGGCAUUCGUUACGCAGUCCCCCCAGAGGGCGAUUUGCGCUGGCGAGCACCACAAGACAUAGAGUCUCAUGGGCCUCAGUGUGUCCAGGGUCCAACGGCCUGGGCAAAUGGCACUGAUUUGACGUCGGAGGAUUGCUUACUUCUCAAUGUUCUUAAGCCGGUAUCGCCAAAAUCCAAAUCUCUCCCUGUUCUUGUCUAUAUUCAUGGAGGAGGUUACGUCACCGGUAACUCCAUCUCCUCGGAUGGCUCAGAUUUCACAAAGUAUGCCCAAGGCAAUGUUAUUUGGGUGUCCAUUCAAUAUCGCCUCGGUGCAUACGGAUUCUUGAACCCAAAGGAGUUUGAUGGACAAGAAGGAGUUAAAAAUGCUGGCCUUCUAGAUCAGCGCCUCGCUCUUGAGUGGGUUCAGCGUCAUAUAUCCGCAUUUGGUGGCGAUCCCUCCAAGGUGACGAUUUGGGGAGGAAGCGCAGGCGGUGGAUCGGUUGUGAACCAGAUGAUUUACAAGGGAGGAGAGAAGAAACCGCCGUACAGAGGUGUGAUUGCAGAAUUCCCAUGGCUGCAGCCUUACCACGACGACACCUUUUUGCAAAAACAGUAUCAGAACUUCUUAAAUGAUGCCAAGUGCGGUAAUGUCGCCUGUCUUCGAAAGCUAUCUCCAUCCGCAUUGGAAACGGCGAUAAACAAAAGCUACUACACUGGCUACGAUGCCGGGAUAUACUCUUAUGGCGAUAUGUACUAUGGACCUUCAGUGGAUGGAGAUUUCGUCCGGGAUCUGCCGUCUGUAGAAUUCAACAAGGGUCAUUUUGCCAGGGUUCCAUUCAUGACAAAUCAUGAUUCGUUUGAAGGCAUCUUGUUCACCAACUUUUCAACAACCUCAUUCGACGAAAACAAAGCCCAGUGGCAAAAGACGUGGCACUCGCCUACACCCAAGUUCUGGGAGAGUCUAAGCCAGCUUUAUCCGCUGUCUAGCUUUGGAGCCAAAUAUUACGAGCAGCCAUUUUUUCGCAGCCUCAUCUUUCCGCUCAUUGGUGUUCUCGCUCCUCUCUCCGCUCCCGGCCGCGAUCCGUCUCUGUGGCAGACUCAACAAAUCAACGGCGAUGCGAACAUCAACUGCCCUACCUAUUACUUCGCGGAGGCUGCACAGAGAUACGGCGUCCCGGCCUAUAAAUCCAUCUUUGACGCUGGAGUUUAUGUGCAUUCGGCAGCCGACUUUCCGAUUUUCAACGUAGAAAUCUUCACUGUUGACUCAUCCGUGGCAACUGCAGUCAAAGAUUACUUUCUCUCGUUCAUCAUUCGCGGCGACCCAAAUACCUUUCCUUCCGUAUCUCAUCAGACACGAACUCAUUGGCCACAGUACGGACAAAAGAAUUACGCUAUUCUGAAUGUCUCAGAUACGAACAUUGCGGCCCAGAGAGAUCCCGAUGCUUCUGAGCGCUGCGACUUUUGGCACUCUCAGAGCGCCAUUGUGAGAAACUAA